GCGGCGGCGGAUGGAGCCGCGAUGGAGGGCUCUCUGACUGUCCGCCAGGUGAUAAACGAAGGGAAUUCAAGCUUUGCCACCGAGUCACAGGAAGAGUUAGAGGAGAACCCUAGUCCAAUUGUGGAUGAGAAUAAUAUAGUGUCAGCUAAAAAACAGGGGCCACAUUUACAUAACUGGAGUGGUGACUGGAGCUUUUGGAUUUCAAGUUUCACCUAUAAAGACAGGAAUGAGGAAUACAAAAGACAGUUCAUACAUCUACCUGAUACAGAAAAGCUGAUAGCAGAUUAUGCUUGUGCUCUUCAGAGGGACAUUUUGCUUCAGGGACGACUAUACCUUUCAGAAAACUGGCUGUGUUUCCAUAGCAACAUCUUCAGAUGGGAAACUACAAUUUCUAUUGCUUUAAAGAAUAUAACCUUCAUGACCAAAGAGAAAACUGCUCGACUCAUCCCAAAUGCUAUCCAGAUCGUUACAGAGGGUGAAAAGUUUUUCUUUACAUCUUUUGGUGCGAGGGAUAAAAGUUACCUCAGCAUCUUUAGACUGUGGCAGAACGCACUAUUAGAGAAGAGCUUGACCAGACCGGAAUUCUGGCAGCUGCUCCAGCAGAACUAUGGCACUGAGCUGGGCUUAAAUGCUGAAGAGAUGGAAAACUUGUCCCUUUCGAUUGAAGAUAAUAUACAGGCAAGAAGUACGGAAAGAAGCAGCUUGGAUGACUGUGGGGAGAGAGAGGAAAAAUUGUCCAAGUCAACGAGUUUUAUCUGUGAAUCAAUAAAUGGGGUUUCAGAAACAGAGUCAAAUGAUGGAAAUCUACCAAAAAAGGAGUUGAGGAAAGAGGAACCCCAAAGCGAGAAACAGAGCAAAAAGAGUCCUUUACUCACUUCAGAAAAGAGGCUAAGCAGAGUGCCAUCGAAAUCUCUGGACUUGAAUAAAAAUGAAUAUCUUUCUCUGGACAAAAGCAGCACUUCAGAUUCAGUUGAUGAAGAAAAUAUUCCUGAGAAAGAUCUUCGUGGAAGACUUUAUAUCAACCGUGUUUUUCACAUAAGUGCUGAGAAAAUGUUUGAAUUGCUCUUCACCAGUUCACGCUUUAUGCAGAGAUUUGCCAAGUCUAGAAAUAUAAUAGAUGUAGUAUCUACCCCUUGGAAUGUGGAACCUGGUGGUAAUCAACUGAGAACCAUGACCUACACUAUAAUCCUUAAUAAUCCACUUACUGGAAAAAGCACUGCUGCCACGGAAAAGCAGACACUGUAUAAGGAAAGUCGGGAAGCACAGUUUUAUUUGUUAGAUUCAGAAGUGCUGACGCACGAUGUCCCUUACCAUGAUUACUUCUAUACCCUGAACAGAUACUACAUCAUCUCCUCUUCAAAACAGAAAUGCCGGCUGAGAGUUUCCACAGAUUUGAAAUACAGAAAACAACCAUGGGCCAUUAUUAAAUCUUUAAUUGAGAAGAAUUCCUGGAGUUCAUUGGAAGACUAUUUCAAACAGCUUGAAUCAGAUUUGAUAAUGGAAGAAUCUAUGUUAAAUCAGUCCACUGAAGACCCUGGAAAGCUUAGUGUCUUACGGAGGAGAAGGAGAACAUUCAACCGAACAGCAGAAGCAGUCCCUAAACUUGCUACUCAGCGUCCUUCUGGAGAUGGGGCCUUAGAUGCCAAAGGGGAUGUUACAGGAAAGAAAAAGGAAAAUGAAAGCUAUAAUACUGCCCUCAUUGUGGUGAUGAGUAUUUUUUUGCUCUUGCUGGUUUUGUUGAAUGUGACACUGUUUCUGAAGCUGUCAAAGAUAGAAUAUGCUGCUCAGUCCUUUUACCGUCUUCACCUCCAGGAAGAGAAAUCUUUAAAUUUAGCUUCUGAGAUGGUGUCAAGAGCAGAAAAUGGUCAAAAGAAUAAAGAUCGGACCCAUCGUUUAAAAGGAGUGCUCCGAGACUCCAUUGUGAUGCUUGAAGAGUUGAAGAGCUCACUCCUUAUGCUUCAGAGAACCUUUGAUCUCCUAAACAAGAACAAGACUGGCGUGGCUGUGGACAGCUUGUGAUCUUCCGGACUGAAAUUGCAAAGAUACUUGGAACUAAAAGAAAACAUCUUGGAGAAAACCAGAAGAUGAAGGAUUUUAAUUGUGAUAGGAGCAUUUUCAUAUUUCCCUAUUACUGGUACUUCUAAUACAGACAUUCUUUUUAAUAACAUUUGUUAGAUAAUUAGUCUGUGAUGGCGUUAAGAAUCCAUCCUUUCACUUCUUAUACCUAAUUUUGAGCUGUGAAUUUCUCCAGUGAAGCAUGAAAUAUGUUGUAGAUUUGAAUUUCUGUGAUAGGAAAAGAAAAUGAGAUGCUCUGAACUGAGUGAUAUGGCCUUGUUUUUACAGUAAGGUUUGAAGUUUGAUGCUUUAUCUGUUAACAUAGGAUCAGUAUGUGUCCAACAGGCUGCUUUCACAGUCAAGAUACAUUCAAGAGAUUAAAGAAGAUAAUGUAAGAAACCUCCAAAUCAUUUCGAAUUUUAAAGGAUCCAUUUUCAGGCAUAUAACAUUUCUAGGUUUGUGUACUAUAAAUAUUAUAAUAUCUUCAUUAACUUAGCAUGCAAAUUCAAUAGUCAGACCUUUUGACUCUGCAUGUUGAUGACUAUUAUCGGAAAGGUUCUUCAGCCAUGUGGUAUCUUCAUGAAAGAAAUAGUUGUUUCUUCUUCAGGUAGCUAUCAGAGGUGAGAUUAUCUUGCCUCUUCAUACAUCAAAUGGCAGAAGAAUCAAUUUCAGAAAAGGAAACAUGUAGGAUACCAGUACUCAAAAUGAAGAAUUAUGCUUUGAGUUUUAAAAACCAGAAGAUUAGGCUAAAAUCUGGGCAUAUAGUGACAGAUCAAAUAAAUACUUGAACUAAGCCUGGCUUCAGCUUAGCACUCUUUCAGGUGGAAGUAAGCCAUCUGGUUGAAAAUAAUUUGUGGAUUAGUUUUCAGUGGCCACAUAUGGCCUUUUUAUUGAUUCAUAUGAAUGGCUUGUUUUACUCCUUAAGUUAUAAGCCAGACACAAACUUAAGCUCUUUAAUAAAAAAUUUGGGUACAUGAUCUCCCAAUACAAAUGCACUGACACUGAAGUUGUAAGUCAGGCACAAGCUUUGGCUCUUUCAUAAAAAGGUUUUGGGCAUAUGUGUCUCAAUACAAGGCAUAUAUGUCUCUGGGACAAGAGAAAGUGCAGAAUAAUUUGUAUAUAUUCUUACUGUUUGAACAACUAUUGCCUUUAAAUAUCUUUUUUUCCCAGAGUCACCACAGCCACAUGGGACUGUUAUAGACAUUUCUGAGAUGCCUGUAGAGAAUGAAAGUAUUGACUCGAUUAGAGGGAAAAUGGAUUUCUGUGGGCGAAUCCCAAUUCACCUACUUUGGGAUAUGACUAUACUUACUUGGGGGGGGGCGUGUUUUGAUAAGGAUUUAUGAAGUGUCUGGCUGUGAGCAAGACUGACUGAAUUAUAAACUUGAAACCUUGUUCUCUGUUGAAUUCACAAAACUCAUCAGUGACAAGCUGAAUAUUUUUGAGAUGUUUCUUAAUAACUUGUACUUCAUUACAUACCUCAAAGAUAAUGACCAAAGUAAGUUGCUUUAUAAAUUACUUAUGACUAAAUAUGAAUGCAUGCAUAAUUCAGUAAUUGUAUUUGAGUUAUGUAAAUUGAAUACCAAUAAGACCCCGAGUCUCUGAGUUGUCGGUUUUUUUUUCUUUCUUUUCUGUUAAAACAAAAAAAAGGUAGAAAUCCUACUGAAGUGAAAACAUGUACACGGGCCUACAUUCUUUUCAAAAUUUUGUGCAAAAAUAAAACCCAAAGAGGA